CUUGAGCUGCAGAGAACUCGUAUGAAGGAUGAGAUUCGAGAGUACAAGUUUCGGGAGACGAGGCUCCUGCAGGACUACACAGAGCUGGAGGAGGAGAACAUCAUGUUGCAGAAACUGGUCUCCACCCUCAAGCAGAACCAGGUAGAGUACGAAGGGCUGAAGCACGAGAUCAAAUGCCUGGAGGAGGAGACGGUGCUUCUCAAUAGCCAGCUGGAAGACGCGCUGCGCCUGAAGGAGAUCUCGGAGAGCCAGCUGGAGGAAGCCCUGGACACACUGAAGAACGAGCGUGAGCAGAAGAACAACCUGCGCAAGGAGCUAUCGCAGUACAUCAGCAUGAGCAACAGCAUGUACAGCACCCACCUCAGCAUCUCCGUCGAUGGGCUCAAGUUCAACGAGGAGGCCAACAACGGCACGCCCAACAACGAGGACAAGUGCAACGGGCACGUCCACGGCCCGCUGGUCAAGCUUAACGGAGACUACCGGGGCUCCACUUCCAGGAAAGGAGAGGUGCUCCACCCUGUCUCCGACCUCUUCAGCGAACUCAACCUCUCCGAGAUGCAGAAGCUCAAACAGCAGCUGCUACAGGUGGAGCGAGAGAAAUCCAACCUCCUGUCCAACCUCCAGGAGUCUCAAACUCAGCUGGAGCACACCAAGGGGGCUCUGACGGAGCAACAUGAGCGCAUACACCGCUUGACCGAGCACGUCAACUCUAUGAAGACGCUGCAUAGCAACAAGGAGCUCCUGGAGACGGAGAAAUCGUCCUGCGAAGCCUCCCAGGAGGGCCAUGACUACGAAGUGGACAUCAACGGGCUGGAGAUCCUGGAGUGCAAGUACAAGGUGGCCGUCACCGAGGUCAUCGACCUUAAGGCCGAGAUCAAAGCCCUGAAGGAGAAGUACAACAAGUGCUUGGAGAGCUACACGGACGAGAAGACCAAGGGGGAGAGCAAGAUCCAGGUGCUGGACGAGCAGGUGGCCAGGCUGGAGAAGACCAACAAGGAGUGCGAGGAGCAGAUCUCUUGCCUGGAAAGAGAACUGCAGACGGUGAUGGGGAUGGCCAACGAGAACCACAACACCCUCAACACAGCCCAGGAUGAGCUGGUGACCUUUAGCGAGGAGCUGGCCCAGCUCUACCAUCACGUCUGCCUUUGCAACAAUGAGACGCCCAACAGGGUGAUGCUAGACUAUUACAGGCAGAGCCGAGUGACCCGCAGCGGGAGCCUAAAAGGGUCUGAUGACCCCAGGGGACUUUUAUCUCCACGGCUGGCACGCCGGGUCAUGGUGACCCCAUCGGAACACAGGAAUCCAGUUGAACAAGCUCCAAAGGACACCAGCGAAGCCAGCAAAGAGCAAAGCCAGAGUCCCACUCGGACCCCCAUAGUUUCCCCCGUGAUAACCGCCCCGCCCUCCUCUCCUGUCACAGAGUCCACCGACCUCCGCAAGGAGCCUAUGAACAUUUACAACCUCAACGCCAUCAUCCGAGACCAGAUCAAGCACCUGCAGAAAGCCGUGGACCGGUCCCUCCUGCUCUCUAGACAGCGCGCAGCGGCGAGGGAGCUGGCCCCCAUGAUCGAUAAAGACAAGGAGGCGGUGAUGGAAGAGAUCCUAAAGUUAAAAUCGCUGCUUAGCACAAAGCGGGAGCAGAUAGCCACAUUGCGCUUAGUCCUGAAAGCCAACAAACAGACAGCUGAAAUUGCUCUCGCCAACCUGAAAAGCAAAUAUGAAAACGAGACGUCAAUGGUGAUGGAAACCAUGGUGAAACUCCGAAACGAGCUGAAGGCCUUGAAGGAAGAUGCGGCCACCUUCUCCUCCCUGAGAGCCAUGUUUGCCACCAGGUGUGAUGAGUACGUCACCCAGCUGGAUGAGAUGCAGAGGCAGCUGGCCGCAGCGGAGGAUGAGAAGAAGACCCUGAAUUCUCUGCUCCGCAUAGCCAUCCAGCAGAAACUGGCCCUGACCCAGCGGCUGGAGGACCUGGAGUUCGACCACGAGCAGACGCGCCGCACCAAGGGCAAGGCCACCAAGAUCAAGAGCAGCACCCCCAAAAUUGUCAGCAGCCUACUGCCUCAAUAUCGCCACUCUCCCCACAACUAAGGCGAGGGCCGAAAUCUCAAACAGCCAGUCCUAGUGUACCGGUAGGUCUUCAGGAAGAACAGGCGCAUCCCAGCUCCCCGUGUGUACCCCUCAACUGCCUGUCUAAGCCUCCUCCCCACCCCUAGCCCUGUGCACAGCUCAGCCAGAGAACAGCGCCCAGGAGCCCCAUGAGGAGGGCUGUGCCACUGACCAGCCAGAAGGGCUUCCAUGCUCUAUAGCAUAGUGACGUCAAGCUCAAACUACCUGCCAACCUAAAGACUGAAGCUGUACGAGAAGCUGAAAAGACACAUGCACAGAGGCGGCACAGGGCUUAUCCAGGAAGACUUUAUUUGAAAUAACCUGUUUAUUUAUUUAUUUAUUAUUUAUCUAUCUAUUUAUUUCUGACCUUCAAUAGAAACACGUGGAGAAACACAGACCGGACCUUCCCUCCUUGAUCUGAGCUGCAGUAAGGGACUUCUUCAGAACUUGAAUCAGGCAUGCCAGGUGAAAGAAGUGUUUAUGAAGCUUAUGGGUCCAAUUACGCAGUAGGAGUCACCAGACAUAAGGCUCGGAUCUGUCAUCUGUCACCAGAAAUAAGGCUCGGAUUAAAUCAAAAUUAAGCCAGCGCCAUUGCCAUUAUAAAGUAUUGCUAUGGCAGCGCCAUAAACUUUGAUUUGAUUUAGGCCCAUGUUGUUAUUGCUUGUAAAACCUUGCACACAGCAGUGUUCCAUGUAAAUAAACUUGUCAAAGGUACCAAACAUGAAAACCUACAGUGAAAUAAUGAAUAAUACUUUAAAAACUGUUCAAUGACUUGUUAUCCCAUGAAUAAGGGAUUAAUUCAACAACAAACCUGGGUAGCAUCUUAUAUUCCCAGAUAAGAUAUGAUUUAAAACCGGCAAACCACGCGCACAUCUCUCCCUCGAUUGUUCAUUUAGUUGUUCAAACAGGGAACAAAAUAAUCUCCACCCGUAUCAGAUUUUGGAUCGCUCAAACAAACGGAUCGACGUCUGUAAUUACUCCAUAGCUACUUCCAACUGGACCCUGCUGCGCAGACGGUAUUGUGAUUAACUAUGAAAAGAUCUGUAUAUUACACAGGGUUAUUUCAACAUACAUGAAAACUUUGACCUUCGUUUACAAUCCAAACUGCAACCAGAGUUUAAACUUCCCAAUGUCAUAGCGGAACAAUGUGAGAUCUACUUCCACUGUGCAGAUGGACACUUUGCAGAUUCAAUGACAAGCGUUUCGACCAUCAGUCUGGUAGACUUGUUAAAAAAUGUUUGUCGUUGAAUUCUUUAGGUUUCUUUUAGCAUUUCUAAAUUGACCUUUUGAUGAGUGUUUUGUAUUUGUGGAUCAGGUGAAACUUAUCAGGGAAAGACAGACAGUGUUGCUUUACUUGCAAUGUUAAGAGUUCUGUAAUUCUGCCUCUUAGAUGGUUAUGUACAACAGGU